CGUCUAGACAUAGUCUGUAUUUUAUUAUUGUAAACAGAAAUAAAUAGGUAUUAUCGCGGUCUACUAAAGAGACUUAAAAAAUAUGUACCUACCUAUUAUAAAUAUCAAAAAUGUGUAAACAAUAUCAAAGACGAUAAGAAUAAAUUGUAUUGUGAUAUCAUACUACAAAAUAUUGGAACAGUAGUCUUCUGUAAAUCACACAGAGUAGACAUUUCAACCUAUUGUAAAAGAUAACACCUCAUAUAAAUUUAUUGUCUCCCCUUAUUGUCCAUUGUAUUAACGAUCAACAGAGUUACAAUAUUUAGGAUGAUCUAUUUUUCCAAACCGUUUUUAAAAUCGAGAAAGUUUUUUUUAAUAGUAACUGGAGUUGUUGUUGGUAUUGUUCUCCUUAUUAUAAUUACAGUAGCAGCGUCCAAAACACAUACUGGAACAAAAAGUAGCAAAAUCGAAGAUCAUACAGACGAACCGAAUGAACCUUCAGGUCCCUGUGAAAUUAACCAAAUUCAGUACAGAAAUACCCAUCCUCUUCUGCUAUCUCCUAACACAGACAAUGUUAUUUAUCCACAAGGAAAAGCAAAUACAAUAUUUGCCAGUAACCAAGAAGUAGAAUUUUCAUGUUCUCAAUCAGAAGUUCGAGCAAAUGGAGUUAACUUAGGUUCUAGUAUUACGGUUGUUUGUAAGUUCAACGAAACAUUUAUAUACAAUGGAACAAAUAUAGAGUGGAAAGACGUUGCAUGUUCAAAGUUAUUAGUACCAACCAUCAAAGAGGUACCAGUUCAAAAUUUGAGUUCAGACGAUCCUAACAAACCUUGCGAUACUGGCGACGAUAGUACACUUUUCCUAAAUUUGGGCUACACAGUGGACUCAAAUCGUUUUAUCAAUAUUGUAAAUAUUUGUUUUAAUACAACAAACAAACUAGCUCUGUAUUCUCACUACAUUUUGACAAGUGUUACAAUUUUUGGAUCCAGAAAUGUUACGAGGUCUAAUAUUCGACAACACGAUCCGCUUUAUAAACUAGGUUACUCUGUAAAAACGGUUUAUGAUGAUAGUAAAAUAUCAAUUAAUAAUUUACUAGGUUUAGCCAAUGAUUCUGAUAAAUAUAUUAACAGCAAUACAUUUAUUACCACACAACAACUUGCUGCCGAAAAUGAUUUUUAUUUAGCAACGUUUCAACUGGCCGUUAAGAACUACGCCAACAUUGCACCGCAAUGGAACUCGAUUAACAAAGGAAAUUGGUUGCAAGAAAACGAAAUUAGACUAUAUGCUAGUAACAACAAUGUUAACUUACAAAUUUGGAGCGGAACAUAUGGCGUUAUGAAAUUAAACAAUGAAUCAUCAGAGCCCACAGAGCUAUAUCUUCUUGAAAAAGUAGUCAAAAAAGAGUUUGUGAUAGCUUUUCCAGUACCUGAGUUAUAUUGGAAAGUUGUGUAUAACCCUUUAAAUACACAAGGAAUAGUUCUUAUAGGACAUAAUAAUCCGUAUGUGGACAAAGUUAGUCCAGAAGAACAAAUUUGUGAGGAUAUAUCCAGUAAAAUAAGUUGGAUAAGUUGGGACAAAGAACUUUAUGAUAAGGGAUAUUUUUACGCCUGUGACUAUAAUGAUGAUGGAUUUCACAGCACUGUCACCUUUGCCCCAAAUCUGAAAGUAACGGGCUAUUUAUGAAUAACAAGUAUAUAUUUUUUAUUUAUUAUAAUAAAAUUAUUUCCUGAUUUUUAAUAA